GCUGCCCGAUUGCUCGCCACCCACACACACCAACACCGGCGCAAACCUACAAGUAAAACUCUCUCCGCCUGUCCCCACGAAUUACCGAGCUUCUUUUUUCAGGCGAGCCGAGGUUGCUUCUUCUCCACAAGCCUUCCUUCGGCCACGUAGUACGGCAGCUGGUACCCCGAUGUCCGUCGCGUCCGCUUCCGCGGCCGCCCUCCGGUCCUCGUCCGGCCGCCGCUGCGGCGUCGGGACUGGCCUCAACGGAGGCAACAAGUUUCUGAUGAUGCAGAGGAGGGACCUAUUGACCAAGGGGGUAGCGCUCUCCGUCUCCUCCUCGCUGCUCGCCUCCUCCACCUCCUCCGACGGCGCCGCUGCUCAAGCAUUGGAGAGGCUGCCGUUCAAGGCGGACGGGUACAGCUUCUGGACGUGGAGGGGCCGCAGGAUACACUACGUGGAGCAAGGGUCCGGCCAGCCCAUCGUGCUCAUCCACGGCUUCGGCGCGUCGGCGUUCCAUUGGAGGUACAACAUCCCGGAGCUGGCCAAGAAGUACAAGGUGUACGCCGUGGACCUGCUGGGCUUUGGCUGGAGCGAGAAGGCGCUGGUGGAGUACGACGCCACCAUCUGGAUGGAGCAGGUCUCCGACUUCCUCAGGGAGGUCGUCCAGUCGCCAUCCGUCGUCGUCGGCAACAGCUUAGGUGGCUUCACGACGUUGUUCGCGGCGACGGAGGUGCCGGAGCUGGUCCGGGGCGUCGUGCUGCUCAACUCCGCCGGCCAGUUCGGAGACCCCAACGCACCACCCAAGGCUGAAGAGGCGGCGGAGGAGGAGGUGAGCGCGGUGACGAGGCUCAUCGUGAAGCCGCUCAAGGAGGCGUUCCAGCGGGUCGUGCUCGGGUUCCUCUUCUGGCAGGCCAAGCAGCCGGCCAGGGUCGAGAAAGUCCUCAAAAGCGUGUACAAAGAUCCGAGCAACGUGGACGAGUACCUGAUAAGCUCGAUCACGGCGCCGACGGCCGACCCGAACGCCGGCGAGGUGUACUACAGGCUCAUGUCGCGGUUCAUGGCGAACCAGAGCCGGUACACGCUGGACAAGCUGCUGGGGAAGCUGACGUGCCCGCUGCUGCUGCUGUGGGGGGACCUGGACCCGUGGGUCGGCCCGGCCAAGGCGGCGCGGAUCCACGAGUUCUACGCCAACUCCACCGUCGUCAACCUGCAGGCCGGGCACUGCCCGCACGACGAGGCGCCGGAGCAGUUCAACGCGGCGCUGCUCCAGUGGCUCGCGUCACUGGAGGAGGAGGCCGGCGACAAGCCGGCCGAGCCCAGCCUCCAGGUCGUCUGAUUCUUGUGCUUGCACCACCAACCGGACGGAACAUAGCGAGGAUCGUGAGGAUGUAUACUACAGUACUAGCUUAAAUCUGAGCGUUUAGCUUGUAGCGAUAUUAGGGACAGAGUAAAUCGAGAAGUGUAAGUACUCAUUCUGUUACAUUUGAAGGUUAAUUUGGGGCAAACAUGUAGAUGAGCCGCAAGUGUGGCUUAACAACUAGAGACAUGGUGUUCAUACUUCA